AUGCGGGAACAAUGGAACAUGGGAAAGAACUUCUCCGAUGCACAGCUAGAAGUGGCAGCCGAAGAAGCCAAGCGCCUGUCGGACUUAGGCCACGAACCUUCAGAGGAGGUGGAAGUCAACGGGCGAAAGAUCCCAUGGGAUCGCGUCAGGCGCAGGUUUCGACGAGAAAAGAAGGAAGAGUGGCACAAAUACGAUUGUGCAUUUCUGCGGCGGUCGUUCGAUGGCAAAGCUCCCGUGCAGCGGGUAAUGUUCCUGGACGGUUCAAUUGAAAGUGACGUGGAGCAUAUUCUGAUGCAAAUCAGCAACUACUACCCCGAAUGCCUCAUACCAGGACGCGGGGCUGCCGCCUCAGGGACACACGGCCUGAUCAUUUCAAAAUCGGGUAUUGAUGGCGUGAAGGCCACUCUCAACGAAGGUUUAACGUUGCUCGAAUACGGUCGGCCCGGCAUCGGAUACGCCAUGAUAGAGCAGGCUUGUGACCGAUUCAGAGAUGUUCUUCGUGAGGCAGAGGUCGACCUUCUGCCAACCCUGCUUAGCAUACUUUGCGGAGCACGAUGGCGCAAUUACAAUAAACUCUAUGUUUACAUGGUUGGAUACUACUGGUCGAUGUCGCAGGAGGUCCUGGGGAUGAAGCAUCCAGUAACGACAAUCCUGGGUAUAUGGAGCAAAGCACACCAUGUACGGGACGCCUCCGAACCACUAUACCGAAAGAUUCUUAACAUUAUUGACAAGGUGCAUCCCACAAAUCUCGCGCCCGGUGUGGUGUAUGGUCUGGAGACCGAGUACCUUACCGACCUUAGCCAACGCGGAGACGUGUGGCUCGCACGGAACCUUGCCGACGCGAAAUGGCGUCAACGGCAGGAGUCGCUGGGAGCCACGCACCCGUAUACCAUCAUGAUGCUACAGAUGCGGUCCAUGCUGAUCGUUCAGGAGCGAAAAAGGCUGGUCACCGAGGCGGAACAGAUGCUGCUCAAGAUCUUGAGGCUAGGUGAGGAACAGUUCCGGGCCGAAGGCAAGAGUUGGUAUUAUGUCUACGCCUUGCAAAUCGGCUACAGGUACUACCGGGAUGGGAGAUAUGCCGAGGCGGAAGCAUGCUUCAAGCGGUCGGCCCUGUGGGUGGCGACCAUGUUGUCCAAAGCUGGCAGCUUCCAUCUCCAGAUCGACAGGCAGCUAAAGUCGUUGCUGAGAUUGAAGGAGAUGGGUCUGUUUAGCCCACUUCCGCCUGGCUGGAACCGAAUCCUCGAUGAAGACGGGGAAGGAGAUGAGAUGGAAGAUCUCCAAGAAGAGUGA